AUGUUUAAAAGAUAUAAUCAAUUGGUAUUGAAAAGACCGUUAGUAACCAAUAUGGUUACAACUGGGAUAUUGUUUGGUACGGGAGAUUGUUUGGCCCAAAAAUUUUUCCCUGAACAUGAAAAUUCCACUUACGAUUAUCAAAGAAGUUUAAGAUCAAUCAUCUACGGAACCUUAAUUUUUGCUCCGAUGGGAGAUAAAUGGUAUAAGUUCAUAAAUACAGUGAAAUCACCAAUUAGAUCAUCCAAUGGUAAUAUUAAUAAAUAUUUGGACGUUGUGACUCGAGUAGCUGGAGAUCAACUCGUUUUUGCCCCAUUUGUUGGGAUUCCAAUGUAUUAUACUAUGAUGACAUUUAUGGAAUUUUCAUCAAAUCCUUUGGAUGAUAUCAAGAGGAAAUUAAAUAACAGUUUAUGGCCUACCCUUAAAACUAAUUGGCUUGUUUGGCCAGCAUUUCAAAUGUUAAAUUUUAGCUUAAUACCUGUUCAAAUGAGAUUAUUACUGGUAAAUGUAGUAUCAAUUGGGUGGAAUUGUUAUUUGAGUUAUAUUCAUAAUAAGAAGUAA